AUGGAUAUCCUCGGUGGUCCGGACCCAUCGUCAAUCUCCCAGGUUUCCUCGACUAAAGGCGCAAUUACGCUCCCCUGGCCCAAGUCAGAUAGAGUUCGGCUGAUAACUAAGCUUGGAACGGGCUGCUAUUCGGCUAAACUUCUGAGCGACAGUGCCGUAGCGCCCUUCGAGACGCAGCCCCUCAUAUCUGCGGGUGCGUUCCGGGAGAAUGUCCGCUUCCGCAACGAAGUUGGUACCAAAUCAUAUUUCCAUAAGGCUAUUACUUCUAGUCAGGGAAGUCAAUCAGAGCAUACAAGCGUGUCAGCAAAAGGUUCAGCAGGCUGCACGUUUGCCAAUAUCAGUGGAACCGGGGCAUAUAAUAAGAGUGUUAUGGAAAACAACGAUGACAUCAUGGCGUCUAUUCAGGCUACUAUUCGGACUGGUGUGAUUUACUUCGACCAACCCCGGCUUUCUUUGGAUGCCAUUGCUGAUGUACGGCGUUCGAGGAAAGAUCCUAGCUACUUUUCCCGGAAGUACGGGGAUUACUAUGUGGCGAGUCUGCGUCUGGGUGCUGAUGCUGGGCUGCUUGCCUCUGUUUCAACCAAGCAGCGCUCCGAGAAGGAGAGUUUGGAGGUCAAAGCUAAACUACAUGUCUUGUGGUGGGAUAUUGAAAAGGAUUACAACGAGGAACAGCAUUCCCAAGAGGCUUGGUCUAGUUUCAGAAUCACUGCCUUUGAAACAUUGGGUGGGACAAAUGUUCAAAAUGGAGCUUCCCAGGAGCAACCCGCGACGGUGGCUCUGAGCUACAUCCAACAAGUGAGCGAUUUGGAGAAAAAUGUCAGGAAUAAAAUGAGGGCACUGGAUUUGAAAGAAAACAAAACGUUGAACCGCGAGGAAGUCCAGAAGGUUUGCGAAUCCGGCCUAGUUGCCGAGGUAACUUUGCUACCUUGUACGCAGAUAAGAGACUAUACAGCUACUUUGCUUGAACGCGAUUAG